AUGGGUAUUCUUGCGACAGCACUUGGUAUUCUUUUUAUUGUAUCUACCGCUUGGUCGGCAGACGCUCCCAAGGGACCUAAGGUUACCCACAAGGUCAAAUUUGAUAUAAGCAUUGGUAAUAAGCCAGUUGGCACUGUAGUUAUCGGACUUUUUGGUAAGACUGUACCAAAAACUGUGGAAAAUUUCUACCAACUAUGUCAAAAACCAGAAGGUGAAGGUUAUAAGGGUAGCAAAUUCCACAGAGUCAUUGAGAACUUCAUGAUUCAAGGUGGAGACUUUACUAAAGGAGAUGGCACUGGUGGUCUCAGCAUCUAUGGUGACCGUUUUGAAGAUGAGAACUUUAAGCUAAGUCACUAUGGUGCUGGUUGGUUGUCCAUGGCUAAUGCUGGAAAAGAUACCAAUGGAUCUCAAUUUUUCAUUACCACAACUAAAACUCCAUGGCUUGAUGGCAGACAUGUUGUUUUUGGCAAAGUACUUGAGGGGAUGGAUGUAGUUCGUACUAUUGAGAAGUCACCCACUGGAGCCAAUGACCGACCAACAAAGGAUGUUGUCAUUACAGACACUCAUGUUGAAAUUGUUACAGAACCAUUCAGUGUCACAAAAGAUAGUGCUCAA